UCAGAAUUGUAAAAUCAUAAGAUAGAAAAAUUUUAAUCCCAUGUCUUGCAGAUAUAAAUGGUAAUAAAAUGAUUCUAAGCAUGGUUGUUUUUGCUGGCUUUCUUCACAGAGUUAUAGUGAACAUCAUUCACAGUGUCCAAGGGUACCAUUCAAAGACAGUACAUUUUCUGAAUGUGGCUUUCAACCUUUCUGGGGAUUCUCUCCUUGCUGCAGACCGCCAAGGAAAUAUAUAUGUUUUUGACUUGAAUGGGAACAGGUUCAGCCUUGUUCAGAGAACAAUGCAGGCUUGCACUGCUUUGGCAUUUAAUCUUCGCAGAAAGUCAGAGUUCCUUGUGGCUUUGGCAGAUUAUUCUGUUAAGUGCUUUGAUACAGGAACCCAGGAGCUAGUUAGUUGGAUGAGAGGCCAUGAAUCUUCAGUGUCUUCCAUCUCUGUCCAUGGCUCGGGCAAGUAUGCCAUCACUACUUCCACUGAUACAGCUCAGCUGUGGGACUUGGACACCUUUCAAAGAAUAAGAAAGCUGAAUGUUCGUCAGUCUGUGGGUAUACAAAAAGUUUUUUUUCUUCCAUUGAGUAACACCAUUCUGAGCUGUUUCAAAGAUAAUUCUGUUUUUGCAUGGGAAUUUGAUACUCUUCACUGUAAAUACCAGUUGCCAACUCCUGUAGAAGGUUCUGUAUUAUUUUAUAAGGUGUUUGCAGUUACCAGGGAUGGUCAGACUUUGGUAGCUGGUGGGAAAUCAAACCAUCUUCACUUGUGGAGUUUGGAAUUAAAGCAGUUGAUAAGAAUAAUCCAGAUGCCUGAGAAAGUGCGAGCUGUCCGUCACCUGGAAUUCCUCCCUGACAGUUUUGAUGGGGGCUCCAAUCAGGUCCUUGGAGUGUUAAGUCAAGAUAAUAUUUUGAGAUUUAUCAAUAUAGAAACAUGCAAACUUCUUUUUGACAUUGGGAGUCCUGAAGAGGGAAUCAGUACAGCAGCGAUUAGCCCCAAUGGACGGUAUAUUGCCUCAGUAAUGAAAAAUGGAAGCCUUAACUUGUACAGUGUCCAAGCUUUGACUCAAGAAGGAAAUAAGCCUCCACCAUUCAUGUUCAAAGCUGUAGAAGAUGGGCCCAAGUACACAGCAGAGGCAAAUAAACUGAUCACAAAAGUGACUUCAGGAAGGUCAAAGGGGCCGUGGAAAUCCAAACAAAGCAAAAUUCAAAGCAGAUUGCUAAAACUGCAAGAAAAUACAUCGCUUGAAAAUAAAGAGAACGAAUUGCCAGGUGGAUUGAACAAGAAACGUCUGCAGGCAUUAUUGAAAGGAUUUGGAGAAUAUCCAGCUAAGUACAGGAUGUUUGUUUGGCGUUCCUUAUUACAACUUCCUGAAAACCACUUGGCAUUCAGUAGUCUGCUAGAUAGGGGAAUCCACAGUGCAUUCGUAAAUAUUCAGAAAGAGUAUCCUAUCAAAAGUCGGAAACUGCUGAGAGUUCUACAGAGGACCUUGUCAUGUCUAGCUCACUGGUCUGCUAUCUUUGCUGAGACACCUUACAUGCCUUUGCUAGCAUUCCCAUUUGUAAAAUUAUUCCAGAACAACCAGCUGAUCUGCUUUGAAGUUGUUGCUACAGUAGUAGUUAAUUUUUGUCAGCACUGGUUUGAGUACUUUCCCAAUCCCCCAGUUAAUGUCCUUAGUAUGAUGGAAAAUGUUUUGGGACAUCAUGACAAAGAACUACUUCAGCAUUUAGUAAAAUACAAUGUCACUUCACAGGUUUAUGCUUGGCCUCUCCUAGAAACACUAUUAUCUGAGGUUCUAACAAGAGAAGAAUGGCUGAAAGUCUUCGACAAUAUUUUCUCCAACCAUCCUUCAUAUUUUCUAAUGGUUGUCGUUGCCUAUAUUAUAUGUUCUAGAGCUCCCUUGCUCCAUUGUAAUCAAGCAGCAGAUUUUGAGUAUUUCUUUCAUCAUCGUAACAACGUGGACAUUAAUGUUGUGAUUAAGGAAGCCUAUCAUCUUAUGGAGGCCACACCACUGGACAUCCAUCCACAGCUUAUGCUUGAUGACUUUACACCACUUACAAAAGGACAGUACCCUGUAUUUAAUAAAUAUCCCGUGUUCAUUGUGGAUUAUCAAGCUCAGGAGCGGGAGAAGAUCAGACAGGAUGAAAUGGAAUACUUGAGAGAGAGACAAUUAGCACAUGAAUCAGAAGCCAAAGCGCAGGAACAGAAAGCAGAAGAUGAAGUCUGGUAUCGAAAGCAGAAAUUACUUCAAGAAGCUAAAGAACAGAGGCGGAAAAUCCUACUGGAAGAAGAAGAGAAGUUGGCAGAACAGAGGCAGAGGCUUGCUGUUGUAAAAAGGGAACUGAAAAUAAAGGAACUGCAACUUUUAGAUGCUUCAAGAAGGCGUUUUCUGAACUACCAGCAAGAUCAGCUUCAAAUGGAACUGAAACGUCUCGAUAAUGAAAUUGCAAGAAAGGCAUCUAUGAGAGAGCAGGAAACAGCUGCUGCCGUUCAAGAUGUAGAACUACGACAGAUGGAACUUGAAUCACAAAAACAGUUUUUUGAACAGCAUAUAAUCAAACACAAAGAGGCAGUUACAAAGGAAAUGAAAGAAGAGGUGGAAGCCCAUCGAAGAAAGGUGGAUCUGGAAGAUCAACAUGUUCAGAGAUUGAUAGAAAUAGAUAGAGAAGAAAUACAGAAAGCUCUUACGGUGGCUGAAGAAAAUUUAGCCAAAGCUGAGCAGAAGCACAUUGACACCGACUGGAAGCUGCAAGCACAGCGGAGACUCAGGCGUGAUGACCAGGAGCGGGAGAAGUCCUACAGAGAGAUUGUGGAGCUCCUGCAUGACAACAGGGUGAAAGAAGCUGAACUGCUGAAGGCCAUGAGGGAGACAGAAGAAAAGCAGUGGGAAGAUGUUGCACACAAUAAAGCUCAACUGGAGGAAGAGCAGAAGGCAGCUGCUGCUGCAGAUGGGCAGAGGAAGCAGUUCUUAGAUGACAAAAUGAAUGAUACAUUAGAAUUGGCUGAGAAGCUGCAGAGGGAAGAUGGCUCUUUUGAGAGAUUGCGUGAUUUAAAGGCCAGGAGUACAGAGAGAGGGGUAGAAGUCCAGCAGGUGCCAAGGUCUGGAAAUGUCUGUCUCAGUGAUUUGUCUACAUUGGCAUCAUCACCACACAUGUCUUCAGGCAGAAGACGAGCAGAACUGGCACGCCGGGAGCGGGAGCUGAUGGCAGAAGUCUGGCAGCUCAGACAAAGGCUCAUCUCACAGGCCCAAGCCAGGCACCCUCCAGCUCGUUUCCCAGCUACAACAUCACCUUGAGAUCAUUUGCUCUAGACCUUAGCUGUACUUUCAAAUUAUUAAUCAGUGAAAAGCUAAAUAUAUAUAGUGUGAUUCAGGAUGGA